AUGUCUAAUAUUUCAGACCCACCCAUUAACUGGCAACCAGAUCCUGACUUUCGUGGCACAUUCAACAUUGUUUCUACCUGUCUAACGACGCUCUUGCUUUGCCUUUGGAGUGCGGUUCACGUUGAUGUCCCAAGUCACUCGGGGAAAUGUCGCGGACUAUGGGUGAGAGUUGGUUGGAUUUCUGUGGGACUGGUUACUCCGGAAACAUUGCUCUUCAUCGCGUAUCGGCAAUGGACUAUUGCAGGGGAGAUCUUCGCGGUAGCAAACCCAUGUGAAGCUUCCACCAAGCCAUGGCACCGACUAUUCCUUCAGCUCAAGGAAUACCUCAAAUGGGGAGGGCCACAAGAUAGUGGUUACGGGGAGAUUCAGGACUGUAGCAGGAAGCAUCCCUGGACGAUGAUGCACAGCUAUUACGCCGCAAUGGGGGGAUUUGUGUUCGAUACACAAACGGAAGAUUUUCUUCCAGCAUCAUACAGAAACGGACGUGCUGUAAUCACACCGGAAGGUAUCCAGUUUCUUCUCAGGAAUCAGCCAGACUUACUCCCAGAUUUAUCUAUCGAGGAAAUUUCAGAUCGGAGCAAAGCAAACGGUCUUUCGAAAAGUGUCGUUGUCGUACAGGUCACUUUCUUCCUCGUCAACUGUAUCGCUCGUAAAAGCCAAGGGCUCCCCGUUACUCUGCUGGAGGUGACGACCGUGGCACACGCGUUGUGUUCUUUGCUUGCUUACGCGUUUUGGUGGAACAAGCCGCUCAGCGUUGCCCAUCCUACUUUCAUCCGCGGGGAAGUCGCAAUGCAGACAUGCGCAUUGAUGUGCAUGGCUAGUACUUGUAGGUACUAUUUCCUAGCAGGGUAUCUUAUGGUUUGGCGUCCUGCUGAACUCGACAGCUUGUGCUGCCAUGAAAUCGAGUCCCUCGAUGCCGAGAAGCGUCCUGCUUCCAAUAGAGACUCUACCAAACAUCGGCCACAAAUUUACUUCACACCCUGCCCACCCGAUACCGUCCCGAAAGAUGGUAUGUCGCCCUGGCUCGAUAGGUCGAUAGGAAAGAGGUACCUCGGGCCCCAGCCUUGGUACAGAGAGUGGCAGAACAACGUCCACGACAGUGAAUCUGCGCAGGGCGCAACUCCAAAUCUGACUCGAAGCGACAAACGGAGAUGGGCCCUUGCUUCAAGCGCUCCAUGGAAACUCCUGCAGGAUCUAGAAACCACACGUCGAAUAUCUUUCGACGACGCCGACUCGGAAGUCACAGACGUACCCCGCUAUUCAGAUGCCUUGGUGUCCCCAAACUCCUGCCUCUCCGCAUCCCUGAAAUCCCGCGGUGGCAAUCCCCGCAAAAUCACACUAAACGACAACGACCCAGGACCAACCGCUGCCCCGAUUCUUGCGUUGUUAUUCGGGUUCCCCAGUCUCACUGCAUGGUAUUAUGAUUUUCCUACACCUUUUGAUCAGUUUCUUUGGCGGGUAGCAGCUUUAGCUGCGACAUUCAGAGGGACUGUCUAUUGGGCUACACGUAGACUUGGGUUAUAUGUUGCUCACCGCACGAAUAAUUACUUUCUGCGCAAGGCGGCGGCGGUGAUUCCAGUGUGUUUGUUGAUGGGGAUGCUGGUUCCUUCGAGUACAAUCUUGGUCGCGGAAAGCUUCAAGCAACUUUUAUAUCUACCUGGUGCUGCGUAUCAUUUGCCGAUGUUGACAAGAUAUUGGCCUCAUUUUUAGUUGGAUAAUGCAGAAUAUUUUGUUACAUUGCAUGUAAUUAUUCAUGUACUCGGUCUGUAUUUGCAGCUUGGACCUUCUUUGUGUACCCAUUAUUGAAAAAAGUAUGUACUCUUGG